GGAAAGUAUUUACAAUUACAUUCAAUUUGAAGCCAAAUGCCGUCGGCGAUUUGUUAUAUUGAAUACCGAUAUGGAAUUAUUGGUGUUACAUUGGCAGUGAGGUUGUCUUGUCGUUUUAUUUUCAAUUUCAAAAGAUAUUCGAAUAUCCUGGAUUGUCAUUUCGCAAACUAUGCAAGAACCACAAAGGGUGACAGGAAUGACAACUGCUGUGUUACAGAACUGAUCACAAACUCAAAAGCGCCAGACAAUCCUUCAAAAAAUGAUGUAUCCGAUACUGAAUCGAAAGCGGAUGACAAUGCGGUGGCAGCAACUUCCCAAGAUGAACCUAAGGAACGAAUCGACUUCAAGAUAAUCUAUAACAAACAAAAGAUAGACGUCAAUUUUCCAUUGGAUGAUACAGUCAAAGACUUGAAGGCUCAUUUACAGGAUAUUAUCGCAGUGCCACAGGCCAUGCAGAAAGUGAUGAUUAAAGGGCUGGCGAAAGACGAACAAACUCUUAGAAGUUUGGGCGUUACGAAAGGUGCCAAGAUUAUGAUCGUUGGUUCCAAGCUGAACGACGUUUUGGCUGUUUCAAUACCCACAAAACAGGACCUAGUCGACGAAGCGACUGCUUCUGCAAGAAAGGAACCAUUAUCACAGCAAAAAAUGCACCGUAAAGUCUUGGAUAAAGGUAUUCCUGAGGAUGCGAUGCCUGGUAUACUAGAUAGCAAGGACUCACUUCCGGACUAUCCACUCGCUGGUAUGCUGAACAAGUCGGGUGGGAAAGUUCGUUUAACGUUUAAAUUGGAGCAAGAUCAACUAUGGAUUGGAACUAAGCAACGCACAGACAAGAUACCAAUGAACUCAAUAAAAGGUGUUCUCAGCGAACCAAUCCACGAUCACCCAGAAUACCACAUAAUGGCGAUUCAAUUGGGUCCGACAGAAGCGUCGAGGUACUGGAUAUACUGGGUACCUGCGCAAUAUGUUUCGGCUAUAAAAGAUUCUAUUUUGGGUAAAUGGCAAUAUUUCUGAUUCAAAAUUACUGAAAUAGAAAUAUCUGUAAAUGAAGGGAGAAAAACAACGUGGUAUGAAGAUCGACACGAACGACUGUGCUAGUCAAACAUUUUUCAGAGUAAGUUAUUUCCGAUAUCAAUCCGAGCAAUGGAACUGAAGUAUUUCAAAUAAAAGAUAUUUAAGUGUCUUGCAAAUUCAAUCUGCAAACUUAACUGGCGUAAUCCAGCAUAUAAAUUAACUAGGUACUAAUAAAAACUUUACUCGAUGUUUGACCACUGGACGCAAGAAACAUAAUUUCUAUUACUCGGCAUAGAAGAGAUGGAAAUUUUUUAAGCUUUUUACCUUUCAAUUUAUAUAUUGUAUGUAUAUAUUACAAUGUGUUCUACUCUGAUAGCAUUUGUGCAUAUCCACGACUAAUAUAAUGCAAUACCGUCUCUGAAUAUAAAGCAAGUCAGCCAAAAAGAUAUUUUUGUGUUUAAUUAGUGUCUCUAUUCAGAAUUUUUUUUUGAUGUCAUUAUACCAUUGCCAAGCCACGAGUAACUUAACUUAAUAUGUAAUUUCAAUGCAUUUCGAUACAGUUUUCAAGAUUAACUUAGUCAUACUGCAUUUGAAUAACUGCUAAAGAUAUUAUACACUUACAAAAAAUGUAAACAGUUUUCUACUACGCGCGAAGCUUUGUCUACAAAACAAGUCCUUUUUUUCUCACUCUUGUUUCGCAAUUUAUUUCUUCAGACAUUUUUCCGUGAGUGUUUUGGAUACGGGUACUGAUGUGUGCCGAAAUGUCAUUUAUUCGAUAUAUGGAUUUGAUCUGAUACAUUAUGGUACCUUUAUUAGACAUUCGU